CCCACCAUGUCUUCGGCGAACCAGAACGGCGUCAUAGACCCAAAGACGAAGAAGCAGAUUCUUCCCAAUGCCUUCAACAUGUUCACUGUCGGACACCUGUCCUUCGGUCAAUGGAGAAAUCCCAAAGACAGAGCGAAAGACAAGCGUCGGGACCUCACGUACUGGACCGAUCUUGCCAAGUUACUUGACAAAGGUGGUUUCGUUGGCCUCUUUCUGGCAGAUACUUUCGGGCCAUAUGACACGACAGUCUUGCAAUACAAAGGCAGUGCAGAGCCGUCAGUACGAACGGGCGCUCAGUGGCCGAUGACUGAUCCCGUUAUUCCUGUUUCAGCGAUGGCUGCUAUGAUUAAGAACUUGGGCUUUGCCAUCACAACAUCGACAUCGUAUGAGCAAGGCUAUGUUGUUGCCAAGCGAUUCAGUACCCUCGACCACUUGACCAAGGGUCGUUUUGGAUGGAACACUGUGGCGAGCUGGAAGGAAUCAGCCUCCAAGGCGGUCGGCUUGCCGUUGGUUGAGCACGGCACUCGCUACGCUAACGCGGACGAGUAUUUGCGUCUUCUAUGUAAACUUUGGGAAGGUUCCUGGUCGGACACGGCCUUCCUAUAGAAGAUGCCGAGAAAGGAAUUUACUCUGACUAUUGCAAGAUACGCCUGAUCCACCACCACGGCCUGUUCCACGUCGAUGCACCCUUUCUGACUGACCCGUCUCCCCAACGCACCCCUGUGCUAUUCCAGGCUGGCACAUCUCCCGCGGGCAUCAAAUUCACCUCGACCCAUGCAGAGGGAAUCUUCGUAGCCGGUCUCUCGCCGCAUGUUGUGGCACCGAGAGUGUAACAACCAGUUCCAUUUAAGCUUGAUCACAGUGACAACCAUGUGCGAACUAGGGUUCUUCACUAAACAACUACAGAUGAGUAUUGGAGCCGGGCAAAAUACCGCGAGUCAGGACGGACAGAAGCGGGGGGGGC